CAAAUCGGGGCACCCUGUCUUCAUUUUGCAAGACGAGCGUUUGUGGGUUUUGAAUGGAGAGUUUAGAAGAUGAGUAGCUCAACUGUAUUAGUCGCAAACCUUAACCGAACUCUUUCUCUUCCAACUCCCUAUAUUACCUCGAACACUAAGGAUGGAGACAAUUUGGUGAUGAAGGUUGAUGGGUUUAAGUGGCGUUUGGUUCUAGCUUACGACGGUACCCGUUAUGCAGGAUGGCAAUAUCAGAGUUCAUCACCUACCAUUCAGCGCUAUGUGGAGAAAACUCUAAUGGAAGCAACCAAGUUAGAAAGGAAGGAUCUUCAUUUGGUUGGUGCAAGUAGGACAGAUAAGGGUGUGCAUGCUUGGGGUCAGGUAGCACACUUUGUCACACCGUUCAACUACGACAGAAUAGAAAGCAUUCAUGCAGCUCUCAAUGGUAAUCUUCCGGAGGAUAUCCGUGUUAGGGAAAUUAGCCCUGCAGUGCCUGAAUUCCAUGCUCGUUUUUCUGCCCAAAGGAAGGUGUAUCAUUACAGAAUAUAUAAUGACACAUUCAUGGACCCGUUUCAGCGUCACAAUGCUUACCAUAGUGCUCAUAAAUUAAACCCUGCUGUCAUGAGAGAAGCUGCAAAGUAUUUUAUUGGAAGGCAUGAUUUCUCUGCUUUUGUGAAUACAUCCCAGAAGGAGCGAGUACGAGAUCCAGUAAAGGAUAUAUUCCGUUGUGAUAUUGUUCAAAUGGGAGCUCUUUUACAGCUUGAAGUGGAAGGCUCGGGAUUCUUGUAUAGACAAGUCCGGAACAUGACUGCUCUGCUACUUCAAAUUGGAAGGGAGGCAGUUCCCCCUGACAUUGUACCCAAGAUACUGGCAACACGAGAUCGAAGGGAGCUAGCUAAAUAUGCCCGGUUGGCUCCACCUCAAGGGCUUUGUCUUAUGACAAUCAAGUAUAAAGAGGACCAUCUACAGCUUCCUCCUGAUUCUCCUAACACCAGUUUUGGCAGGCAUUAUGCUAUAAACUCUUGUAAGCUUCCAUUCUACUAAAGAUUUCAGUACUUAUAC